AUGACUUUGAUUCAAGAAGUUGUAUGUCACCUUCUUCUUUGGCGACUACAAAAAAACAGAACCACCAGAACGCAAGACAUCCUGAAACAUGUACAGAAAAUUUAUAUUAAACAAGACGAAAAACUUGACGCUGAAAAUAAACUAGAACAUGAAAUUAUUAGUUGGAAAACAACAAUAAAUGAAAACACAAGCAAACUGAGAAUCCUUAACAAAGCCCUUCUCAAUCAUCAAGAUAACACCGUUGUAGGGAAAAUCCAACGAACUGGGCUCUACGCUGCUGAACAAAUUAACAAAACAACCGAGUGCCUACAUCGCCAGAUUAACCUUGCCCGGAAUAUUCUUGAAAAGUCAUCAAGGCUUAUGGAUUUAAAAGGAUUACCAAUGAAUUGCAAAAAUGGCAACAGCCAUGAACUUUGAACUAUUUUCUUGAUAUUUUACUGAAUUUGCAAUGUGUUACUUCUAUGUAUUUUUACUUUCUAAAUUUUACUUUUCUUGUUAUAUUGAUUGAAUGCUUAUACAUUGACUGUUUUUAUGCUAAAAAAAUUAAUAAAUGUAUACCCUCAAACGACAUAUGUAUUUGGGAAUUUCAACAUUUUCUAUUUCGUUAUGGCUUUGUAAAUACGUGUAUCUAAAUUUAGCAGAACAGGAUUUGCAGAACAGGAUGCAACCCUCUGGCGCACCUUGAAAAGUCGUAAGGUUGUAAGUCCCUGGCGUAGAUGGAAUAUACUCGUAAACUUGGCUUGCUGCAAAUCAAAUCAUGCACAUUUUAUUUAAUUGUUAUGUAAGGAUGGGAGAGGAGGGAACAUUUUAUCAAAAAUUAGACUUGUACGUAUGUC